CAAAGGGAAAGGCGAAUGAGGACAUUGUUUUUGAAAAUUGAGAGAAGAAAAAAACAUUUUCAAAUGACCAGCUUAAGACUAUUUCACUGUUUAAGAAGAACAGCUUCCACAUUAUCUUCAUUUCAAAAUGUUACUUCAAAAGAAGUUGCAACUAAUGACUUUUCUAAAACAGAUGAACCAGUCACAGAAGCAUCUUUACGACUUCCACCUUUGCCUUCGCCAAGGGAUCUCUUAAAACUUUAUAGAAUUAAAGCUCAACGUAAUUUGUCUCAAAAUUUUCUUCUGGAUUUCAGACUUAACAAUAAAAUUGUCACCAGCACAGGAAAUGUGAAGGAUCAUUAUGUUUGUGAAAUUGGACCUGGUCCGGGAAAUAUUACUCGAGCCAUUUUGCAGAACGGUGCAAAACAUGUUAUUGUUAUUGAAAAAGAUAGACGCUUUUUGCCAGCUUUAGAGCUCUUAGCAGAUGCCAGUGGUGGGAGGCUUAAAAUAAUUCUUGGUGAUAUAAUGGAAUUAAAUUUGGAAAAUAUUUUACCCAAGAAUCUGGCCCAUGAUUGGGAAAUACACCCUCCUCCUCUGUAUAUUAUUGGCAAUUUACCAUUUAACAUUUCCACACCUUUGAUCAUAAAAUGGCUGAGGUUUUGCUCAGUCCACAAAGGUCCCUUUGCUCAUGGUCGAACAAGGCUGUCAUUAACUUUUCAAAAAGAAGUUGCUGAUCGUAUGGUGGCUGAAGUUGGUGCUAACUGUCGUUGCCGAUUAUCUGUUAUUUGCCAGUACUUGUGUCAUGUAGACAAUUUAUUUACUAUUCCAGGUCGAGCUUUCUUUCCAAAACCUGAAGUGGAUGUUUCAGUUGUCAGGUUUACACCACGCAUUCGUCCUCUUAUCAGUCAGCCAUUUGAGAUUGUUAAUAAAGUUAUUUCAACAAUCUUUCAGCAUCGGCAAAAGUUCAGCUUGUAUGGAAUCAAAAAUCUCUUUCCAAAAGAAAAUCCUGAACUGGUAGAAGAAAUAGUGCAAAGAACAAAAAUAAACCCCGAAAAGAAAUCUUUCGAGUUGGAAAUGGAAGACUAUAAAGCUUUAUGUGACGUCUACAGUGAAAUGUGUAACAGACAUAACAAUCUUUUUAAUUAUAUGUAUCAAAUACACCAAAAAGAUGAAUAUCCUUUAGAUGCAGAUGUUACAGAUGAAUUGCCUACCAAUAAAUAGUUUUUAUUAAGUUUUA